AUGCGUGAGCUUGCCGUGGUCUUCGAGAACUUACCGACCUACCGCCGCUACAAGCCUGGUACUGGCCCGCGCCUGGCCCCGAUAACCCUACUUCCUGUACACGACACUACCGCCUACAUCCGCGAAGAGUUCUUCAUUCCACCCGCGCUCUCCGUUGACCGCAAGAAGCAUCUGCUGUACGUCGUGGGCUGGACCGACAUCCCCGCCGCGCGGCUACAGGUCGACGCCGAAAGAAUAUGUGACUACGUCUCGCCGAGGGCGUACGAGGAGUGGUGCGCCGCUCGAGCUGCCGAGCGGGACGAGGAGGAGCGCAGGACCGAGGAGGAGGAGAACGUGCGCGCCGUAGAGGAGGCCGAGGCAAGAGAGAAGAGGAUAUUUCAAAGGAGUGCGGUCAAGGACUCCCUCCCCAGGGGGAAGAAAAGGAACCGACCAGUUGCAGACCGGUCAAGAACGCCGCCACCGAAAACGAAUGGGGAGAAGAAGAAGCCAGGUCGGCCGAGGAAGAAAGCGCCGUCACUGUCUACGCCCUCAAGGAGCAUAGGUCUACAGGAAGUGGAGGCUUCGAAUGACGACACUGACGUUGAUAUGGAAGAGGCGAUAUUCCGGCAGCUGAAUGGGGAGGAACCGAUAUCCACUGAAGGAUCCUACGACUCUGGCGAACGGAGCAGUGUCCCGAGCAUAUUGGAGCCGUCGGCGAAGAAGCGAAGAACCAAAUCGCCAAGACCGACACUAUCAAGUUUGCCAUCGGACAUCGAGACGGACAGCAGCAGGAGUACGCACUUUGAAUCGUCUAGGGGAGGCACCAGCUCGCCAGCAUUGCCGCCAUUACCUAAACCCUAUGGUGCUUCACAAGCGGCUCGGCCACGGGUGACCCCUAUCUUGCCUCCCGUACCGCCGGCCUCCAUCCUCCAGACGUUCACACCCACCGCCCCGCGGACCAAAACCAAGACACAACCACAAAAGCGGUCUCUCCUCUCGACACGGGAUCCUCCCUCCACAUCCUCAAAGCAGCCAUCCAUGGCCCAGACUCCGACCCCCAAAGCUCAAACCAUCCCGCCACGAGCACCGGCAACCGCACCACCAGCCAUCAAACAGCCAUUAGAGGACUCUACAACAUUCCAUGCUACAACCCCUGGGACAGGCUUCACCCCUCUGAUUCAGAACACAACACCAUGGACCAUCUCCCUCGCGGCGUCCAAGAACUUCGCCAACCUCACACCCUCACAGCCGAUUCGGUCUAUAGAACAGGCAUCUUCAUCGACACCGAAACCGACGCUACCCAAGCCGGCGAUGCACGACUACACGUCACCCCUCAAAGCAACCCAGUCUGCACCACCCGUCACAACCGCUGGCAGCACACAGGCCGUCGUGAAAUCGCUGCCCGCCCAAGAAGAACAAGAGGCCCCUGAAGAAGACAACAUCUACGAGGUCCUCCGCCUCGAAGGCGUGCAAGAGCGCAUCGUCCGCGGCAAACGCGUUCGCUUCUUCCACGUCCGCUGGAAGGGCGUCUGGCCGCCCGGCCAAAACCCGACCUGGGAGCCCGAGGCCAACAUCCCCCGGGCCCUCAUCAAGAAGUACUUCCUGGCGCACCCGCAGUCGCAGCCGCAAGGCCGCAAGACGGGGGCGAUGGACAAGUACCUUGUCUCGUCCUUGUCGCACCGCAAGUACUCGUCCGUCUCGGAGGCCUUUGAGGGGGGUGACGCGGACGGCGAAGCUGGUGGUGAGGGCUACGCCGAUGGCAGUGAGGAGGCGGUCGAGGACGACGGCGCUGAGGAGGAGUAUAUUGGCAAUGAGGUGCUGCUUGUUACGGACGAGCCGACGCAGCCUGCCAAGCCCACGCUUUCUUGGUGA